CCACCGGUGAGUUUGCCUUCACCGAUGACGCUCUGCCCCUCCGAACUUGCCCCUCCUAUUUAAAAUCUGCCCGCUUUCGUCUCUCGGUAAAGACUGCUUGACUACUUGUACUGACCAUUUCCCCCUUUUCCUCUUCUCCAGACAUUACUUUCUUCCUUUUUGUACAAACUUCAUCAUGGGUGUCCUUGAACAGCUUAACCGCAAGUCCGGCGUCAUUGUCGGCGACGAUGUUCUCCGUCUCUUCGAGUACGCUAAGGAGAAGCAGUUCGCUAUCCCCGCCAUCAACGUCACCUCCUCCUCCACCGUUGUCGCUUCUCUCGAGGCUGCCCGUGAUCAGAACUGCCCCGUCGUUCUGCAGAUCUCCCAGGGUGGUGCUGCCUACUUCGCCGGUAAGGGUGUGAGCAACGGUGACCAGAAGGCCUCCAUUGCUGGCUCCAUCGCCGCUGCCCACUACAUCCGCAGCGUCUCCCCGGCCUACGGUAUCCCCGUCAUCCUCCACACCGACCACUGCGCCAAGAAGCUCCUGCCUUGGCUCGAUGGCAUGCUCGAUGAGGACGAGCGCUACUUCAAGCUCCACGGCGAGCCCCUCUUCUCCUCCCACAUGAUCGACUUGUCUGAGGAGCCCGUCGACUGGAACAUCUCCACUACCGCCGCCUACCUGAAGCGUGCUGCCCCCAUGAAGCAGUGGCUCGAGAUGGAGAUCGGUAUCACUGGUGGUGAGGAGGAUGGUGUCAACAACGAGGAUGUUGACAACAACUCCCUCUACACCCAGCCCGAGGACAUCCUGGCCAUCCACAACGCCCUCGGCGCCAUCAGCCCCUACUUCUCCAUUGCCGCUGGCUUCGGUAACGUCCACGGUGUCUACAAGCCCGGCAACGUCAAGCUCCACCCCGAGCUCCUCUCCAAGCACCAGAAGUACGUCGCCGAGCAGACCAAGUCCAAGUCUAGCAAGCCCGUCUUCUUCGUCUUCCACGGUGGCUCCGGCUCCUCCAAGGCCGAGUUCAAGGAGGCCAUCAGCUACGGUGUCGUCAAGGUCAACGUCGACACUGACAUGCAGUACGCCUACCUGACCGGUGUCCGUGACUUCGUUCUCAAGAACAAGGACUACCUCAUGUCCCAGGUCGGUAACCCCGACGGUGCCGACAAGCCCAACAAGAAGUUCUUCGACCCCCGCGUCUGGGUUCGCGAGGGUGAGAAGACCAUGAGCAAGCGUGUUCAGGAGGCGCUUGAGGACUUCAACACUUCUGGCCAGCUGUAAAUGUUGUCGGCCUGAUGUCUUUCUCUUUUCUUUGAUUCCCAUAUCCUCUCUUCAUGCUGCCAAAAAAGCGUUGGGCGCGCCUGGGGACGAUGGCGUCUUGGUUGUAUGUCGCGUUGUAUUCUGACACGCUGUAAUGAAUGUCCGUACGGUCCUUGACCACUCUUUGGAAUAUGAAAAAUUCUGAUGAUAGUAUAUUAUUGCUAUGUAAACAGUAAAGUA